AUGGUAUAUCCGACCUUGCAUAUGGCCGAUUCCCAUCAACUUUUGGCAAUAGCCAAACGGGCUUUGGAGAAAGGAGAGUUGGAUAUCGCCGAGAAGUCUCUGACCCUGGCUAUAAAAACGGAAAAGUUAACUUCCAACGACAAAAACACAGAACCUUACAUCCUUCUAGCUGAAAUACACGAGAAGAAAGCGGACGACGAAAGUCUGCCGUUACUUGAAAGACAACGGCUUUUACUCCAAGCUACAGCGUUGUACAAUUUCGUUCUCAAUUGCCUUAAAACGACUGUUGAUGAACAGGAACAAUCGAGUAAAACAGCGAAGACUGUUUUGCGUAAGCUUCACGAUAUUCAGGACCGUAUGGUGUUAUUGGCAGGAGGAAAAGCUAUCGACUGUAGUUUUGAUGUAUACAGGAAAAGAGAUGAACUAAAACAGCUACGCGGAAAAAUAAUGAGCCGUUUAGCCGACAUUGAUCGGGAGAAUUCAUCGAAGGAAAAUGCUGUCAUGAGUGAACUAGACUAUCGCGACAUUUUCGUAAAACAAAGUGCUGAAGUGAAAGAGUUGUGUGAGAUGAUAACGUUGGGGUUCAAGGAUUUCUUUGCUGGGAUCAUUGAAGAGUGCUUAAACGUUUUGGGAGAGCCACCUUGCUACUAUGAGGUCAUUGUUCUCGGAUCUUCCGCUCGAGGUGAAAUGACGCCAUUUUCUGAUCUCGAAUGGGCGAUACUCGUUAGCUCUGAUGAGGACCAUUGUAAAGUAUUCUUUCGUAAUCUUACAAAUCUUGUACAUUUCAAGAUCAUCAACCUCGGAGAAACAAUUUUGCCAAGUAUGGAUAUCAAAGCGUUGAAAACGGAUUGGUUUUUCGACGACAUAACACCAAGGGGGCUGUCUUUCGAUGCCUUCCUACCUCAAGCAUGCAAAACACCUUUGGGCAAUAUGAAAGACUUCGAGUUGAUUCACAGUCCUAAGAGAAUGGCCGAAUUUCAAAACGACGUUUGGUACGAGAGGAAUAUGAGUUUGGCAGAGAUUUUGAUGACGAUUUCACCCCUCGAAGACAGUAAACACGAUUUGAUUGACAGGUACAGAAAAGAAAUAGAUGACAUCUUGAAUUUACCUUGUGAUAAGCAUGAACACGGUGAUGAAAGACCUUCAACACGUGAAGCGUGUCGAGGAUUCAAGGCUCUUCACAUGGAUUUAUUUCGUUAUGGAGACGCUGCGAUGACUGGCUACAAUGAGUUCGACGAAGGAAAACUGUACGACGUUAAGAAAGAGAUUUAUCGGUUAACUGAUCGUGUCAUUUCGGGAAUGGCGAAGUGUCUUCAUGUACAAGCGAAUGGGGCAUUCGAUAUUAUUGAUGAAUUGCUUGAAAAAGGUUUAAUCUCUCCGGACGCUCGAAAUAAUUUAGCAAGUGCUUCAGCAAUUGCAUUGAAGCUUCGAAUAAGUACGUAUCUUAAAGCUGGGAAACAGGGCGAAGAGCUGAGAGCGAAGCCCAGCGAUGAAUCAGAUGAAACAAUACAAGGUUUUCACAUGCCACAAAAUGAAGAACUUUUCCAUUUUUUCUACGUCGCUAUUCCACUGUACGAAGAAUUGUGUCGCGUUUUCUCGCACAAGAAAGACUUCAAAGAAUUAUCUCAAGACGUGUUUUUUGAUUGCAGCAGCGAAGUCAAAGCUAACAUCUACUCCCGUGUUUUAGACUAUACUAAAGCAGUCGAGUGUUAUGAUCUGGCUUUGAAAACCGAUCCAGAUAAUGUAAAUAUGGAAAUUCGACAAAUCAGGUUGAUGCUUAUCAUAAACGAGCACACAGAGUCGAUACGAAACAAGGUAGAUGGUUUACUUGAAAAGAUUUUCGAUGAUCCUUGCCCCAAAGAAAGCGAAGUCUCACCAAACGAUGCACAACUUGACCGUUUUCUUACUUCGGUAGAAGAAACCGUGCUCCGCCAGCUGUUGGAAAUUUUAAUAUUUUUGUCGGCUUUUGAGUCUUCGAGUUGGUAUUUCAAAUUGGCUGAAAAGCUUUUAAGUCGUUGCAUGGCCAUCGAAAAUAUGGAGCAUUCACAUUUGCUUAUGGCCGACUUUGCCUUUUCACAUUUUUAUGCUCAUACGAUUUUGAGUUCGACCAUCGAUUCCGCCAUUACCAUACUAUCUGCGAUGAUAGACGACGAAGGUAUUAGUACAAAAAGUAUUUCUUGCUUAAACAAGCUUGCAGAAAUUUUCACAAUGAAAGGGAAUUACAACAAAUCAUACAAUUGUCUACAACGUUGUCUGACUAUGGAACGGACAUUAUAUGGGACUAGUCCUAAUUUGAAUGUUAUGAAAACCUUGUAUCAACUUGGUAUGCUUUCUAUGCAAUUAUUCAUGUUUAAGGAAGGGGAGUUUUACUUGCAUCAAUUGCUGCAACAAUUCGAUUCAUUUGGCGGGCUAAGGCCACGACUCAUGUAUAAACAUGCCUACCUACUACUAGCAAUAUUAUAUUCAAGUAUGGAUCGUCGCGAAGAAGCGAUAACUCAUCUUGAGAAGGCCUUGGAAUUAGCAACUGAUCGAAAUUAUGGCAUAGAGCAAAACUUUGAUUGCAUUAUCCACUGCGAGAUGGCAAAACUAUGGCACUCUUUGAAAAACGAGGAACAAAUUAAAAAGUCUGUUCAAAAUGCGAGGGAGUAUCUGUCACGAAUCAAAUCGAUCGAAUCAAGGAUGACCAUGUCAUGCUACGUUGCUAUGACUUUUCACGAGGUUGGAAUGAAUGACGAAAGCAUAUCAUUGUUGAAUGAAGAAAUACAUCAUGCCGAUAUUCAGGCCUAUGCAGGCAGAAAAGCCCCAUGCUUAGUAACCCUUGGCCGAAUAUCUAACCACAAUAAUCGGACUGUAGAGGCUGAAAAAUACUAUCUUGAUGCACUAGAAAACUUCCCGAUCACACCAGAUGAGAAUUCUGUUGAUGGUGUACUUGAAUGCCUUCUGGAAGUAUCCGACGUAUUGGUUGGAAAUGGAAAACCGUUGGAAGGACGAAAAAGGUUGGAGGAUGCGCAGCGUCAUCUUUCAACCAUGAAUGACAAGCAUAAGAAGUGUAAAAUGUUAAGGGAGGUCGGAGAGCGAUGGGAGAGAUUCGGUGAAAUCCACUUAGCUUUAAACUGUUGUAACGAAGCACUACGUUUGUGCAAAGAAAACACAAUGUCCCUCACAAAUAUCCCAUUUACAGAAUUUUCGUUGGAAGUGAAGCUUGGGGAUUUAUGUGCGAAGGGAAAUGUUGGAAAGAAUGAUAAAGAGUACGAAUCUUUUGUGACGAAAGAACAACGUGUCGCAGCCCAACGUAAACACUACGAGAGCGCUGGCUCAUUGCUACAGCAGUAUUCCACACGAGGGAACUACGACACGCUGCUUAUUGAGCUUUUUCUUUUACUCGCUGGCAAAUACGCGACCAUUGACGUUGAAGAGAUGGAAAAGCAUCUAUUGCAAGCUUUGCAAAUAAGUGACGUGUUCGAUAAGUCCGUGAUUGGCAGCGAUAUCGUCAGUUUAAUAUUGUUCGGCUGUUCUAUUGUUAUUUUCUAAAAGGUGAAUAUACGUCUGGGUUCGAU